UUCAAUAACAGUAAAAUCAAGCUGACUAAGCAGUUACAUCGUAUUGUUUCUCUUAUCUAUUAAAUAAAAUCUGACUGCCAUAUACGACACGGGUAUAAGAUAGGCCCCGGCAUCCUCUCUUAAAAAAUAUUUUCAGUUUCUAAAUAAUAAAUAUAAACUAUGGGCAGAGGACGUAUAGUAGUAGACGUAGAUGCAGGUUUAGAUGAUUAUGUAGCUCUUCUGAUAUUUUUACAUGCAGACAAAUUGGGUGAUAUCAAAGUAGAAGGGAUUAUUUGCACCAAUGGAAACACGACACGUGAAAAUGUAGUUCGCAAUGUAAUCAGAUUAUUGGAGCUGGUUGGCAGAACUGACAUACCAGUAUACAAAGGAGCGCAAGAACAGUUCAUCUUACACCGAAAACCGUUUAUCCUUCACCAACCACCUCUAUACCAGUACCAUGGACAAGACGGGUUUGGCGACAUGAAACACGAUACCGAUCCCGACGUUUCGCUUGUGAAAGAUACGCCCGCUUCGUUCGCGUUGAGUGACUUAGUGUUGUCCGCUCCACAUCAGAUAUCUGUGAUAUGUCUGGGUCCACUUACUACGUUGGCACUCACUUUGAAGCUAUUCCCGGAACUUGCUGGCAAGAUUAAGGAUGUUUGGAUUAUGGGAGGGAACAUAAGAGGAGUUGGGAAUAUAACAUCAUCAGCAGAAUUCAACUUCUACAUGGAUCCAGAAGCAGUACACAUUGUUUUAGAAUGUUUGAAAUGUGAAAUCUAUAUUCUUCCAUGGGAACCAUGCAGCACAGUCCUGAUAUCAAAGGUCUGGUUAUACAACACAUUUGCUACAGACAAACUAUAUCUUGAACUGCUAGCCAGGGGAGAAAAAAGCAUAGAAAAGCAUGCUGAAAGUAAUGGGUGGAUGCCCUGUGAUGCUUUUCUGGCAUUUUGUUUUAUUAAUCCACGAAAGGCUAUCACAAAAUGCAGCAAGCACAAUGCCACUAUUGAACUAUACAGCAGUCAUACCAGGGGACAAAUGGUACUGGACCAUUUAAAAAAGAAAGAAGAUAAUGUCACUAUCAUUGAGGAUUUUGAUGUGGAACUGUUCAUGGAACAUCUUUUGAAAAUUAAGACAGAAUUAUGAAUUAAUAUUUUGUUCAGUAUUAUCUAGUUUGUAUUUCUGAAAUAUAAUUAUUGACAUAAUAUCUACUCAAAUAAACAUUAGAUAGGAUAUUGAGACAUAACAAAGUGUCUAUUGUUAAAUUACUUGACUAUUGAACAAACUAUAUAUACCUGUAUAUCCUCAUACUGGAACAGGUUUUACAAAACUGAUAUUAAAUCUGUACAUGUAAACAGAAUACAGUAGUUAUUGUUUGAAAGAACAAAAUGCUUGACUACAAAUCAUUUAAAAUUGGUAUCAAUUAAUUAUAAUAUUACAUGGAAAAUGCACUAUAUCCUAGUAUAAGACCAUGUAUAUGGAGUAGAGUUUCUCAAAAAAAAAUAAAUACUUUGAAAAAUAUAAUACCUUGAGCAAUGAAAAUAAAAUAUCCUCACACAAUUCAUCCACCACACCCAACAAUUUGUUUUUGAAAAAUAUAUAGGUACAAAACCAAUAUCCUUAUUUCAUGGGAGGACAACUUCAAAUUAAAAACUGGUAUUUGAAAGGCUACUGAUUCAAAAUGCAUAUAUAAACAUCACAAGUGUUAUAUAAUUUUAUACAAAACCACCUCUCGUUACCUGAAUUGCCAACAAUAAAAAUCUUUUAAAUUAUAACAAAUAUUGGUAUAUACUAAGAUUUCCC